CUGGCGGUCAGCUUUGUGACGUCUGUCUACUUCCUGCGUGGGAACCUGGAGGAGACGCUGUCCUGGUCACUGGUGCCGCUGAGUCGUUUCCAUGGUUACAUCCAGGGCCGCAACAGAAAUAACUGACCCAUCCUCAGCUGAAGAUACAACUCAGCCGCAGGAAAUCCAGCAGGACAAGACAAAGCAUUGACCUCACUGUUCAUUGAGCAGCUCCCAGGACUCUGAGGAGCCUGUGGACAGGAACACCAGCAGGAGCCGUCCGUCUCACCCUGAGUUCUCCUCUGCAACGUUUCUGCGUCCAAACCCACAUAUGGCUCCAACUCUUGAGUCUCAAACACCUAUGACAAAGACACAGCGAGCACCAGCAGAGAACGAAGUGCCGUCUGUCUCCAAGGCCACGUCCAAGUCGGGCAAAGAGAGCAGGACCCUGCAGCGUGGACCCACAGAUCCUCCGUUCAUCGGAGACACUUACACGAGUGAGGACAUCCCACCACAAACGAACUGCCCUGAUGGGAUCCGAGGUCAUGUUGCAGAGACGGAAUUCGGUGGACGGUUUCUGAAACAUAUCCCUGUCCUACAGUGGGCCAAACAUGUGAGUCCUGAACAACAUCAGCGUCUGAGCAAGUACGCAGGAGCACAUGGCUGGGGAGGCCUCGAUUACGCAACUCUGGUGGAGACGCUGUCCGUCCUCAACUUCUCUGUGAACCGGCAGAUGUUCGACGACUGGAAGAAUCGCAGUGACGCGUCCUCAUGUAUCCACUGUGCUGUCGUAGGGAACGGAGGAAUCCUGAAGUAUUCAAAGAAAGGGCAGGAGAUUGACAGCCAUCACUACGUCUUCAGAACUAACGGGGCGAUCACUCAGGGCUUUGAGCAGGACGUGGGCUCUCGGACCACGCACUACACUUUCUCCACCAACACAUUAAUGAACUCCCUGAACAGCUAUGCGGGCGUCGGCUACAGAAGACCGCCCCACUCUGAGGAAACACGCUACGUCUUUCUGCCCGACCACGACCGCGACUACCUGCUCAUGAAAGCUGCGGCGACGCACACUCGAGUGGAACGAGGGCGUGAGCGAAACAGAGACCCCACAACACUCUUUGGAACAGAUGUGUCCGCUGAGAAGCUAAAGAUGUACCACCCAGAUUUUAUCCGUUACCUCAGAAACAGAUUCCUCCGAUCAAACACUCUGAAAACCAGCCACAAGAACAUUUAUCGCCCGUCCACUGGCGCUGUGAUGCUGCUGGCUGCUCUGCACACAUGUGACCAGGUGAGCGCAUACGGCUUCAUGACUCCAGACUACAUGAACUACUCGGAUCAUUACUAUGACAGCAGCUACCACGCUGUGGCCUUCUACAGCAACCACGACCUGCGCCUGGAGAUGAGCCUGUGGCAGCAGCUGCACCGAGCCGGACUCAUACGACUCUUCAUGCACCAGUGACCUCAGGACAGGAAGUCUCACAAAGACUGUUGGACAUGAUGGUGGACAGUUACGACGUUGGCGUCUCUUUAAAUGUCUUUGAGAAACUUUUUUAUGGUGACCUCUGGUGACACGGUUGGGACCCCUUUGGUCCAAAUUAUCAGACAAAGACUCGUGGUCAGCAGAGGACGAAUCCCACUGUCCCGCUGUCUUCGAUUGGACGUUGAGUUUGAAGACGUCUCACCUUCUUCCGUUGUGAAGAUUCCUCAGGUGGAAAAAUCCAGGUCUUUCUCCUCUGAAGGCUGGAAACCGGUGGUGAAGUGAAACACUGUGAGCUCAUUCACUCAUUCAUUCACUCGAGAGAGCUUAGGACAGCAUUGGUGUCUUUGUCCACCUCAGUUUACGGAUGGUUUGUACGGGUUCAUGUAUCUUCUGUCUUCCUUGGCCAGAACGGCCAUCACCAUCAUGUCCCCUGUCCCUCAGAGUGUAGGUGGACUGAGUCCUGUAUGGGUACAGGGCUUUUUGGUGAAACUGUGUCUUCAGAGACGUCUCCAACCUUCAGAGGUCAAAAACUGAACCACUGCUUCGUGACAGCUAAAGGAAAGUCACUCAUUCACUCAAAGCUAACGACUGAAAACCUUCUCACACACACUAGCAGUUGACUUUUGACCUAUUAGCAGGGGGCGGAGUCACAGAUGAUGAAGUGAAUAAAAAGUGCACUGCAGCACUUUGAUCAAACAUCAAGUGCCUUAGCAUUGGCUAACGGAAAAAUGCUAACAUAGAUUUCAUAGUUUUCUAAACGAGCGGCACGGCGGUGGAGCGGGGGUUGGGGUUCAGUCCUACGUCAGAGAAGACACUGUGUGAAUGGAUGAAUCUGUGGACCACACAUAUAUGAACUGUGUGAGUGAAUGAAUGAAUGAGUGAAUAAUCAAGACUAAAAAGGAGCUGAAGAAACACAGAUUUACUUUAUUAAAAUAAAUGUGUUAAUUUUUUAUCACUGAAUCACAAACAAACUUUACAGUGUUUUUACUGUUCACCAAAAUCCUCGUCAGGUUCAGGUUUCUCUGUGUCUGUGUGUCUGUAUGUGUGUCAGUGAGACAGCAGCUCAGUCACUCACUUAAAAUAUCCUGUGUCUCUGCCCUAAAUACAGACCUACAGCUGUGUGUGUGUGUGUGUGUGUGUGUUUUAUUUAUGUUAAAGUAGAGACACAGUCGUCUUCUGUCAGAUUUUCACCUUUUUUAAAAUCUGUAUUUAUAAAACUGAUUUUGUGUAUUAAAAUAUGAACUGAUUUCAUGUCUCUCA